AUGGGCGGGACUUGUCGCUAAUCUUAACAAAAUGGCGAAGGUUGUUGUUUUGCCGCAGGGUCGCUGAUUUAAUCCGUUUAUCGUUUCAACCAAUUUCUGCACCCGUAGUGGAGAAGCAAAGUGAAGAUAAGGUCAGGCACCAGAAGGACAGAUUCCAGCCGGGCCGAAAUGAAAGGAAAAGAGCGGACACCGAUUAAAAAACGGUCCCGGGCCCUGGAAGAUAUCCGAGACAGGGGAGGCUGUCAUCCGACCAGUAAGAAAAUGGGGGCUCUCUCCGUUUCCAGCGGGAGUAAUAAUGGAAAUAGCUCCACAAAAGGCGACGGCGGCACAACGAGAAGAAGUUUGCUCGUCGAGAAAAGAGACAGAGAGUUUGAUAGCCACGGCCGGACAGGAAAUAACCACAGCUGUCCGCCUGCUGUGGCUAAAAACCACAGUCUGAGUCUGACGCUGGAUUUAGCUUCACCGAGGGGCGUCUCUUCCCGGGCGGAGCAGCGGGUCCAGCCGCCCAGCACCGAGAGUGAGUACAAAACACUGAAAAUCAGCGACCUGGGCUCCCAGCUGAGCGACGAGGAAAUAGAGGACGGACUGUUUCAUGAAUUCAAAAAAUUCGGCGAUGUGAGCGUCAAGAUGAGCCGCUGCAGCGAUGGACGCAUCGCGUUUGUGAAUUUUAGAAAGCCGGAAGACGCCAGGGCCGCUAAACACGCCAGAGGCCGACUGGUGCUGUACGACCGGCCACUGAAGAUCGAGGCGGUCUAUGUGAACAGGAGACGGAGCCGAUCUCCAGUGGAGAGGGAGUUAUACGUGGCGGCUCCGAGCCACAGGCAUCUACCGAGGCCCCUGUCGCCAACCGGCCUCGGGUACAGAGACUACCGGCUGCAGCAGCUGGCUCUGGGACAGCUGCCCCCUCCCCCGCCGCCCCCCUUACCCAGAGAACUGGAGCGGGACCGGGAGUUUGCUCUGUUUGAGGCCAGGGCGCGUCCUGCUUUCAUUGCUGAACGGGCAGGUUUCAGAGAAGAGGAUUUUAUCUCUCCUGAAGAUGAUCAAAGAGCCAACAGGACGUUGUUUCUGGGCAACUUGGACAUAAGUGUCACAGAGGCGGACCUGAGGAGGGCUUUUGACAGGUUUGGGGUUAUCACAGAAGUGGACAUAAAGAGACCCAUCAGAGGACAAACCAGCACCUAUGGAUUUUUGAAAUUUGAAAACCUUGACAUGGCUCAUCGGGCCAAACUUAGUAUGUCUGGCAAAACAGUGGGUCGCAAUCCAAUAAAAAUAGGCUAUGGCAAACCCAUGCCCACCACACGUUUGUGGGUGGGGGGACUCGGACCCUGGGUGCCUCUAACUGCCCUGGCCAGAGAGUUUGAUCGUUUUGGAACAAUAAGGACUAUCGACUACAGGAAAGGGCACAAUUGGGCUUACAUUCAGUAUGAAAGUUUAGAUGCUGCACAGGCAGCCUGGACACACAUGAGGGGUUUCCCCCUGGGAGGACCAGAGCGCCGGCUCAGGGUGGACUUUGCAGACUCUGAGCAUCGCUACCCACAGCAGUUCCUGCAGCCUCUCCCUAUACCGCCUUUUGACAUGGUGGCUGAUUCAUUUGUUCACUGUGCCACACCCGAACCUCUUCGGGUCAGAGACCGGACUCCCCCUCCACUUCAUUUCAGGGAGAGAGAGCUAUUCCCUGGGAGCGACUGGCCCAACCCAGCCAUCCGUGAACGGAUUAGAGCCUCACCCUUUGAGCCUCUUGAACAUUUGGAACGGGACAGGAGAGUGAGAGAGCCGUGGUCUCUGGAACGAGAGCUGCAGGGACGAGAACCUCUACGCAAACGGCGUGCUGUGGAGGAGGGCCGCCACCUGGACCUCUCUCCCGACAGCACUGACAGAACAGUUAGAAGGAGACGAUCAUCCCCAGAGGGGAGUCCUGGAGGCAGCAGCAGAGAUGGGGGGCGUUUCAGUGACUCAGAGCGCCCCAUGCGAGGUGAGAGGGCCUCUCCGGUGAGGGAACGCAACAGCAGCCUGGAGAAAGGCGGGACAGAACGCAGGCUAAAAAUCCAGAGUCUUACUGAUAAAGGACCUGGGGUAGCUGUUGGAGAACGCAAGCGAAAAGCAGUUGAUGGCGGUAAAGGCCCCGCCAAGAGAGAACGUUCUGAAAGCAGCUCCAAGGGAGGUCCGCUGUCCAAGUCAGAUGGUACUAAACUCAGUCUAGCCUGGCAAGGCAUGCUCCUCCUGAAGAACAGCAACUUCCCAGCUAACAUGCACCUGCUGGAGGGUGACCACAGCGUAGCCAGCGACCUUCUGAUCGACAGCUCAACAGGAAGGCAGGUCGACGAGCUGAAAAUCACCCAGCGUCUCCGCCUGGACCAGCCCAAGCUCGACGAAGUAUCCCGGCGCAUCAAGGUGGCCGGUCCUGGUGGCUACGCAAUCCUUCUGGCCGUUCCCGGGACCACCGAGGAUACAUCAAGCGACUCUGCAGCUUCGACCCAACGGCCGCUCCGCAACCUGGUGUCCUACCUCAACCAAAAACAAGCAGCUGGAGUCAUCAGCCUGCCUGUGGGGGGCAGCCGGGAUAAAGACAACGCAGGGGUCCUUCAUGCUUUCCCUCCCUGUGAUUUCUCUCAGCAGUUCUUGGAUUCAUCUGCCAAAGUUCUGGCAAAAAGCAAAGAGGACUAUCUGGUCAUGAUUGUGGUUCGUGGCGCAUCAUAAGAAGUGACCAUACACUAAAAUGAAGUGGAGUUUAGGAAAAAAAACAAAAAAAAAAAACAACCCUUGCUGUAUGUCAGCAGUUAUUGCAUGCUGUGUGUUCUGCAUCCUGGGGUUCAGUAGUGUGCUUCUCCAGUGUCUGAAUGUUGCCAUAUAAUCCACUAAAAAGGACAAACCUUGCCCUUCUAUGAAACUAAAAGGUCAUUUAAGUACAUUUCAAUGGGUGUUUGAUCCUAAGCUCAAUCAAAAACCUGCUGUAUUAUCAGACUUCUGGAAAAUGUUAAAAAUAAGGGGAUAUUAUAAAAUAUAAAUUCGUACAAAUCCCAUUUACAUUUAUGAGCCUUAAGGUCAUAUUUAGAUUUUUUUUUUUUUUUUGGUCCAUCAAAAGGUCAAAAUGGUUACUUUAUCUAACAUAAAUGUUAGACGUUAAAUGGUUUUAUAGUAUACCCCCACCAUGACAAUUAAACUACCAAUUAAAAAGAGAAUAAUAUCACGUAUAUAUAAACAUCCAAAUGGUCAUCUUUGUUUUUAGGCUGCUCUAUUUGAUGCCAUCAGCCUGUAAUGGCUGUGUUAUUACAGCAACUGUCCCCUGGUUACGUGAACAGGGCAUGACUUACAGUAAUGCGUUACGUUAUGUGUUGAAAUUUAAAAUUGUUAACUUUUCAAGUAUAGAAAUGAAGCGGAGCGGAAUACUUUUUCAACUCGGGAUGCAAAGAGGAGGGAAAGUAUUUUCAGAGCAAGUUUAGAAAAGUUGCACACUUCUCUUCCAGUUGAGCACUUUAAAUAUACUAACUUAGAUAUUUAUAUUUGUUCUACUAAAGUGGCCCCAUACGUCUAAAAGGGUUUUGAAUUGCUGGAGAAGAGUGCUGUGAUUUUUAAUGACAAAAUGUUUUGCCAGGGUCAAAGUUGGAAAUAUGAUGUAAAGGUCAACGGUUAAAACAUUUCUUGAUACAGGUCAUACAUUUCAGUUUAUAAAGUGUUUGGUCCAUACAUUUUCAAAGGGUUGUUCUUGAACUUUAGUAUAUUUGGAAAUAGAAAUCCUGUGACUUCAUUGCAAUGAGUUUGUAGAAAGGUCAAGAAAUUGUCCCCAAAUCUGUGAAAGGCUAACAGGUCAGAUGGACCCUCGCUUUAACUGAUUUAAAAUUUGAAUUAAUUGUAAGAGUUAAUGAUAUGCAAAUGAUUAUGAUACCCUGGAAACCAUUUAAAAAGUUUAUUCUCAGCCAAACAUUGUCCCUGCUGCUGUGCUGAGGCUGAGCUGGAGGAUAAUGUUGGCUCGAUCAGCCUGCCCACUGAUUAUCUUUUUCCAUCUCUGGUCCAAAAACCAGUUCCAUAUUGAAGGUCGAUAGAUGACCUAAUGGGUCUCCUGACAUAUACAGUUAAGCUCCAAAUUAUUUUUAUUCAAAUCAGAUGUUUGAUAGAACAUGACACUGGCAACUCUCAAAAGAG